ACGCCAGUUAUUCUGGCCACACAUACUUCACUUUGGAACGACAAAUACGAUAUACCAUACCAUCAGGACAACUUCAUUUUUCGACUUUGGUUGUUACAAUGCCUUUCAAAGGGCUGGCCUCAUGGGCAUUGCUGAUGGGAGUGGUUGCCAUGGCGGAGGCGGACCCUAACACAGAACCAGAGACGUUUUCCCUGAUUGUCUCUGAGGGUCCGAUCUCUGCUCUAUUGGGAUCCUCCAUCACCCUUCCCUGUUCGGUUGACCCACAAUUCAGUGUGGUGUCACUGAAGACAACUUGGUACCGACCCACUAAGCUAAACACCCCCAUCCUGCAAUAUGAGAACCAAAAAGUCCAAACGGAUCCAUCGGAUGCCCAGUACAGGGGUAGAGUGUCUCUGGUAGGCCAGCUGAACCAGGGCAGCGUGUCCAUGAGGCUGGAUAAUCUCACACUGGCAGACAGAGGAGAGUAUGUGUGCUACGUCCAGAGUAACGUGUGGUAUGAAGAGGCUACCAUGUCUUUAGUUGUAGAAGUGCCACAAACAUUUUCCCUGACUGUUCCUGAGGGUCCGAUCUCCGCUCCAUUGGGAUCCUUCAUCACUCUGCCCUGUUCAGUCUCUCCACUAUUCAGCGUGGUGCCAUUUGCAGUGCGUUGGUAUCGGCUGAAUCAACCAGACAAACCGCUGCUGACUUAUCAAAACAAACAGAUGCAACAGGACCCAGCUGAUGCCCAGUACAGGGGUAGAGUGUCUCUGGUAGGCCCGCUGGACCAGGGGGACGUGUCCAUGAGGCUGGAGAAGCUCACUUUGGCAGACAGAGGGGUGUAUGUGUGCUACGUGGGGAAUGAAGGGGGAUACGAAGAGGCCAGAGUGUCUGUAGAUGUUGAAGAUGAGCAGGGUUUGGUACAAGUGAGUUCCUGGCUGCUGCAUUCUCCAUCUGAGUCAGAGUCACUCUCCUGCUCGGUGGGUCUAUCUGAUCAGGAGAGAAGAGUGGGAAGGAUCGUGCCAUACAUCUGCAUAUCACACCAAGAAAGGACAGUUCAAGUUAUCCAGUACAAAAGUUAA